AGGCGACUAUCACAUGAUCGAGUUCGAGGAUAACCAGGAAAUCAUGAGUUGUUUGGACUGAGAGUUGAGUAGUUGAUGCAUUAAUUGCCGUUUUGACGAUGUCUAACCCCAAAACUAGAUUGUUUUUGGUUUUGUUUGCAUUUAAUACUUACUCGAUUGUGUCCAGCGAUGAAGUUCAGCUCAAUAUUUCAAGUUUAGCAGACAAACUAGGACAAAGCUCGUCUUCGGUUGCUGCCUCUUCAGCUGUCUCUCCUGUUUUUAAAGCCGCUGUGGACCCCGUCUUCUCCAUCAACAUGCUUUCUUCUUUUCCUGAAGACCUGGAGAUCACUGACUACUGUAGUAACCUGCUUCAUAUCUUUGGAGAGCGGUAUGUCACUUAUGUGAACUGCUUGGUACCCGCAGCCCGACCCGUGAAAGUCUGCCAGAGCUGCUACUCAAGCUACGGCAGACUGAGGGAAACUUACUUAAACAUCUCCUCAGACCAGGUAAGAGUGUAAACACUGAUACGUUUUCUGUAUCUAAACCCUAAAUCCUAAACAGUGUGAGUGAAUAAGUAGAACAGGCCGCGGAAGUCUCAUGAUCACGAGUCUUGUGGUGUGACCACUUUUAGGAAGCAAGAAUUAAUGAUAACUCUCCAUCUAUACACGUCCAUCUGCUACAGCUGAGUAUCUGUCACAUCAAUAUCGGAUUAUUCGCUAUUUUAGGAUGACUUUUGUCUUUGUAUCCUCAGAUGGGUCCAAGUAAUGAGAGCUGCAGGGACAUCCUUUUGCGCAGUGACCGUCUGAUGCUGGUUCCUGAGCUUUACAGCAACUUAAAGGGCCUCUGGGACAAAUCAAACUGUGACAGUAAGUCCCCUGGAGCUACAUCUGGACAGAGUUCUCUGCCUAUAAGAGAACAUGUGUAUUAUAUAUGUCAACCUGUAGCCCCCGUAGCUCCAAAAGCAGUUAGGUGAGAGUGAGGUAAGAUAUUUCAUAUUGGGGAUCACAACAUCAAGGCAAUCAUAGUUAUGUCUCUAACUAGUGUAUCUGCAUAUUUCAAGAUGUUGUGCAUCCCUGCAAACCAACAGAAUGAGUGUAAACAUAUCUUACCCUGUGUCUGAGGUAAGUUGACCAUAGGAGCGGGGUAAGUUGAGCCGUAUCCCUACUACUCCACCCCAGCCCUCCCUCACCUUCUCUCUGCCUAAAUAACAGUCACUUCUUCACAUUCAUGUGUAUUUUUAUAUAUUAUACGCUAUUCAACUGGUGCAAUAAUUCUUUUCAUUAUUAUUGGAUAUAACUGCUAAAAAGCUGUUUUGUAAAAAACAUUUUAACAUGAGAAUGUCUUUCAGUGAUUCAGAACAUCCACAGCUGUAUUUUUAAAAGGAAAAGAAACACAUUUCAACAAUCUGAACUGAAACUCUGAUCCUAUCAUCAGACUCUUUUACUUACUCACUUGAGCCACUGACUCAACUUAGCCUAGAACUAAGAUUAUGACUUUAUUAGUCACCUAAGCUAAAAUGGUGGACUUUUAUACUAGGUUUUUGACCUGAUGUUGUAGCUCAUAGAUACCACAAUUGAUGUAUAAAACAAAUUUAAAAUGAUCUUUUUUGGUCCGAACACAAUUCUAAUAAAAAUUACGACAGACUAAAUUCACUUUCAAGAGUGAAAAAUGUUUAUUUGGAAAUAAAUGUCUAACCCCUUCACCCAUGUGCUUCUAACCUUCACAGACUCCACGAAUUGAUGCCCAUCUCCUAAAUAUUUGGUCACAUGAUCAAUUUCUUUUACUAUUUCCAAGCAACAGGGGGUGGCUCAACUUACCCUUUGGCUCAACUUACCCCACUAUCCCCUACCUCUGUAUGUGUGCAGGUGCAAACCACCAGAUAAUAGUGAAAGGGGCUUCAAAAUAUCCAGAGUAACGUCAUCAAGCAUGCUUUCUGGAACUCAGGCACCAUAAAAGCAACAUAUAAACCAAAGGAGUCUCUCACAAAUAAUUCAGCAUCCAAACAGUGUGGUUUAAUUUCCUAUAAUUCAACUAAUUCAAUAAUCUUAUUAUGUUAUUUUGUUAGCUCCAGUAUGUUCCUUCAUCCACAUUUUCACUGAAAUGUUACACUAAGCCUGAGCUCACAAAACCUUACCUGACUUUUCACAAACAAAUUCAAUGAGACUUGAUCAUGUAUGACUUGAAGACAGGUGAUUAGUAUUUAAGAAGCCAGAUAAUACUGUCAUAUGUCUGAGUUUGUUUAUGCUUCAAAACUGAUGGUUGUUUUAUUCACCCCCCCGGCAGACUGCAUCACUGAAGGAUAUGAAAGUCUUACCAAUGACACGCUGUACUUCAUGAACACUCUCAAUCACACCCUCUCCUGUUUUGAGAAGUAUUCACCGGUAUGCCCUUGAUUACUCAAUUGCAGUCAUCUGUUUUUAGAUUGUGUAAGAAAGCUGAGUUCUGUUCCUUUCUCUAUUUUUCUCUCACAGGGGAACCAUACAGAGCUAUGCAAGAGCUGUAAGACUGCAUACAGUCAGCUGAACGAACUGUACAGCGGGAUGGAGAGGAAUAAGACAAUGUGUAUUGACAUAGAGGAUGCGGUAUGUUUGUAAUACACAGAAUUGUUGAUAGAUAGGAGAGGAAAAAGCUGCUCCACCUAGAGGAAUUAAGACAUAAAAGGUGUAGCUUUUAGGUUGUUUACAUAACAUUGUCUAGAAAUAAUUGUUGACAAAGUUGUUAAUUGGAUUUAUUUGUUUUACAAGACAUUUACUAGCUGUUUUCAGCUGAACUGGCAGUUGAGCUUUUUUUUCACUUUACUUUCAUCGGGUAUAAACAAACGCAACAAAAACAAAUGCAUAUGAGAUACACUUGCAUAAAGUAAUGGGGUAGAGGUCUUGUGCAUGAGCUGCAGAGUGGACAGCAUUCCUGCAGUGAAAUAUACAAACUAAACUGCAGACUGAAGUCUCUGAGCACAGAGCAAAAAAAAUUAAGGAUAAUCCAUGUGAUGAAUAUACACACAUAGAUGAAAAAGAACAUCAUUAUAGACUACAGCAAAACACUUGUGGGGCUUAUCUUUCAAUCCUGUCAUUAGCAGCAUGUGGAGUCAAAGAUCAUAUAUUAGAUCAUUUAGUGCGCUAGACAUAGGUGAUUGCAGCAGAUUGUAUACCUUACUGAUGAUAACACACCGCAUGAGAAUGACAAUUACACAGACUCCUCUGUGUAGUGUUAUUAUAAACCUUUACCUUAGCUUUCCAACUUCAACUCUUGGCUGUUAUUUCCUCUAAUCUGGGCAUUCAGAUCCAUGUUUAUUAAUACUGAACAUUAGCUUGAUUGGUGGGACACCCUCAUGUUGUUUCACAUCAAGUUGUCAGUUUCAGCACAUAUGUAAAGUAAUGACUUCAGAAGUUACAAUAGUGUACAAAUUUUUAAAAUUUAUUUCACUGGGUUUUCACUCUGCAAGUCGCAUGCUGAAGAGGACUUAGAAAAAAAAACUUGGUGUGAUGAUAUGUGAUGUUGUUCCAGAAGUUUCUGAACACAUCUUAUGACUGUCUUCAGAAUGUGCUUUUUUUUACUCUACAUUUAAUAGUAUAAAUUUAUACACAUCGUAAAAUAUGCACUAACCUAUGUUACAGUAUAUUUGUACAUUAAGAAAUGUUCUUACAUUAAGUAUAGAAAAAUAACAAACCAUAUGGUGUUAUUCAAAGCAGCUCAUUCCACCAGUGUAGGUUAUAAGGUGUGGCUACACAUGUUAAGAAAAGUUUUAUUUUUAACUCGUGCUAAAAUAUAAAAAACAAACAUGAAACUGAAUGUGUUGCAGCUCUUGAUGACAACUUGAUUGGUCUGAAUGCAAGUUUGGUUUUUAGGUGAAUAUUUUAACUGCUUUGAUAUAAAUUAAUGUUCUUUGCCUUGGUUUAAUCCAGCCACAAAAUGUGUCAGAAUGCCCAAUUUGACAAAUGGAAAACUAGAUACUCUUUGCAAGACGAAUGGACAACUAGGCUUAAACAGUGUGAUCAUCAAUGCAAGAAAAAGUGUGUUUUGGUGCAGAAUUACUCUCCUGGAUUCUCUCCUUUGCAACAACAAAUGUGUCUGAUUAAACACAGCACUUGAGGAGGGAGUUAAAUUAAUAGCAACCCCGUUCAAUAAUUGGGGUCAGAAGAAGUUUAUGUUGCAUUUGUCUGUUUGCCUGCAGAUGAACAUGACCCGCAGACUGUGGAGUAAGAAAUUCAAUUGUUCGUUCCCCCGCAAGGAGACGGUGCCUGUCAUUGCCGUGUCCAGCUUCAUGCUCUUUCUGCCCAUCAUCUUCUACUUGAGCAGCUUCCUUCACUCAGAACAAAAGAAACGCAAGCUCAUACACCGUGAGUAACCAGCUUAAUUCGCCUAUUGUCACACACACAGAUUUUUUGACGGGGUUUUGGGGUCUUUGUGGAGGGGGACGGAGGCUUGACUGACUGUGAUAUUUUGGAUGGAGGAGUGGGGGCUCAAGGUUCUAAAGCAUAGUGGGGUUGCCUUCUAAAAAACCUGUGGGUCAUAGAGAGUUUGGAGGAUUUAUUUUUGUGUGUGUUGAAGUGUGAUAGUUGGCUUUGGUUUAGUUGGUGGGUGAAUCAGGAUGGGGGGUGGGUAAAUAGCUUCUGAUGGUCAAGGGCAAAUUGAGCCUCGUGCAGCAACAACUUUGACCAAGAACCACUCAUUCCAACAGAUAUGUGGUUCCAGAUUGAAGUCCCUGGUAUUAGAGAGAGAAAAGAAAAAGCAUCACUAGAGAAUUAAAAAUCUGACAGAUAAAUAUAAGUUUGAAACUUUGAUAUGUCACAACAACAAGUGAAAAAAAGAGUCACACUCCAGAAAUAAUUGUUAAUAGAGUAUCAAAAAUUCACAUCUCUUGUGAGGAGCUUUUAAGUUGUUAUACAACAGGCUCACAUGAAUCCCAACGCCUCUUUAUAACAAGACCAUCAGCAACAAGACAUAACAUUUAUUUGGCUGGGUAUUCAAUGAUGUGAAAAAUAGUCCUCUGCAGUGGCAGUCUUUGUUUACAUUUACAUUCUGUGUUUAAACAGCAAAAAACUCUUGAAUUCUUCAAAAACGAAGAAAGAUAAGAUAGUUUUGUUUAAAAAAAAAAAAAAAAAAAAAGAAACCUUAAACAUGAAUAGAAAAAUGGAAGCAGCGAAUAGAUAAGAUGGACAGCUUUCAGUACCGAGGUGCAAAAAUCAACACAAACCAAAGUUUUCACUUUCAAGAGCUUUGACCAAAAUUUUGACUGUAUUUGAUCUUUGGCUCAGAAUUCUUCAUGCAGGUGAAUAUCCAGAACUUUUUACAGGAAUGAGAUUUUUAUUUUAGUUUCAAUCGUAGUGAUAAAAAAAGAUUUAGGAAGACAUUAUUUUUCUCAAUUUUGUGUUAUUUUCUAGCGUUUGUGCACCAAUUAAAAUGCUUUCAAACAUGAAUAAUCUUGUUAAAUUUCACAACUCUCAGCUCUGUUCCCUCAGCACUGUUUACACAAACUGCAGCCUUUUUCGAAGCAUUCAUCAGUUACAUGGACACUUUACUUGGAAGACUCAGCUGAAAGUGUAACAGGUCAAAACACUUCCAGGAGCACGAAGUACCAGAGCAUCUGUGUCAGGACAUCAGCUCUCAACCCCACCCCUGACUUUAUUCACAAAUGAUCAUUCUUUUCAACAACUUUUACUUUCUUUGUUUUUUAUUUUUAACUAUGAAUGUCUUGGUUGAGGGUCAGCCCAAGAAAUCGCUCACAAUAAGUCUGUUUGUUUUUCAACUUUAUAAGACUUAUAAAUGAUAAAUCUAAGGAUUGGCUGUGGACUGCAGAGCUUCCCAGAAAAUAAAAUAAAAUAGAUAAAACUCCUCAAUUGUGUCUGACAGUUUAGCAUCACCUACUGGCUCACUAACCAUUAAUACACCUCUUUUUAUCAUCAGACUAAGAGCCUGAAUUUCUAUCAAAAUCAAUCUCACUGAUAAGUGCUUUACAGUAUUACAUUAGUGUGUUUUUAUUUUAGAAUGAUUAUCACCAUUGAUAAAUUGUAUAUUAAACUGUUUUUAUAUACACCAUUAAAAGUCUCCUCACCUCAAAGUAGACCAGGGUAGGAGGCCAUAUGUUGCAUUAAAGUGCUACUACAUGCUAACAGCUCAGUCUUGCUACACCUCCAUGGUGUCGUCAGACUCAAAUAUGUGACUUGCAGAAUAAUGUGAAUGCUCUGUGUCUUUGCAGCCAAACGGGUCAAGUCAUACUCCAAUAUAAACAUCCAGGACAAGCAGAGCUGAGGAGGGGAGAGGUGAUGAAGGAAACAGAGGGUGGCCUCUUUUUUUUCUUUUUGAAGUUUUGACCCUACAGAAGAAUCGACUCCUGACCAUUUUGUGCCUGAGGUUUGAUUGACUUCACUGAAUGUAGAAGACUCGGCUGCAGCUUUUCCUGUUCGAUUCCUUUCAGGAAGCCGUGAUACCAAUCAGUAUUAAAAGACUCCAAGGAUCUGGAUGAAUGAAAAGGAAAGUAAAAUGCUCCAAUUUUAAAUUCUUACUUUCACAUCCCUUAAACCUUAAAAAAACUGAUAAUUUAUUGAAAGAUGUUAAAACUGAUUUUCAGAGAUUUCUAGCACAAACACACCUCCUCCUUGUGUUGUUCUUUAUCAGCGUUGUUUUGUGAAAUGUGGAUCUCCAUACAGCGGACCAAAAGUACUAUAUAUUGUGAACAACUAAUCAGGUAUUGGUUCAUAUUUCUUCACCGUUUGCUUCUAAAUCCUCACACAAAUCCCAGCCUUACUGCCUUUACUCAUUAACAAUCACAGUCUUCAUCCUACAGUCUAAGUCACACAGCCGUCAAGAGAAAGAGUGAGUGAGCCUGAGUGUGUGUGCGCGUGUGUUCUAUUUAUGGGUUGAGAAAUGUUUUUUUCUGUCUCUAAUGUACAAAUGUCCCAAAAAGAGCUGCAAAAAGGAAGCACUUGAUGUCCAUUAGCGGUGACAUGUAUCUGCUGUAAGAAGACGACAGGGGGUAGGAGGUAGGGGGUGGGGAUGGUGUAAAUAAAAACAUAACACAUAUACUGUAAGAGCACUCCAAAGUAGCACACUGUGAUGUUACCUGUUAGUCCUCUUUUUCCCUGUGGUUGCAUUAAGCUUUGAAUGUGCUUUGUUGUGGUUUUCCUCUGAUGUUUAACUUAAUUUGUUAAGGGUUUCUGACCGCUCAUCAUGCUGAUGUCUCCUCUAUUAUGAAUUAUGAAGUGAUGAGUAAGCCUAAUAGAAAUGCAUUUGCUGGAAAGGCAUUUUAAAACUAACUCUGAAUUCAUAAAUAAAGGUUUUUGUCAGAGACAGCCUGUAGAUGCAUUUGUUGUUAUUUAACCAAUUUUUGCUAAUCCUCAAUUUGGAUAACAUGUUCCUUUGACUCCAGAGCUCCACUGUUAACAUUUUACACGCAUUAAUUUACUUAUACAUCAUUAAUCUUUGAAUGUUGUACCUUUUGAGGUGAGCUUUAAUGCCCCUGGGGAAUUUGCUGCAGUCAAAGAGCAUUAAAACUAAGCCAUCAGAACAGGACUAAAAAACUGGAAUCCACAAUUUGUGAUGUUCUUCAAGAUGCAAGUUAGGAAUUAAACUGUUAAAAUGAUAACGUUAGACAAAUAUUGAUCAUCUACAACUGAAAUAAUGCUUUAAUGACAAUAUCUCUGUUUCACUGAAAUGUAGGAUUAAAUAUGAUUCUUAAAGAGCCAGAGCAACUGCUUUUGCUUUUGGUGCUUUAAGUAUUUAUUAAAUGUUUGAACCCCUUUU